GGGGAAAUGAGGCUAGUUCUUUCCUUUGGGGCUGAGCAGAAAGGGAACUGUAGCUGAACCCUGCUCCCUCCCCCUCAGGGGGCCCAGAGGGAACACAGGCCUGCAGUCCUCUGGGGAACUUCCCAUCAGCUGUCAGGACUCCCUUAGGCCUCACUCAGAACUAUGACUCCAGGAAGGAGAGGGUGGCAUCUGAUGUCCAGGGAGGCAGGCUGCCUAGGGGCAGUCUUGGGUUUGGAGCAGCUAUGGCGCCAUUGUCCACUGGUAUUGAGGGCCAGUGGCCUUAGGGAUGUGGUCUGACACUGGAGACCACAUAAAGCUUUCUGUAGAUGGUGAGGAACAGCAGCAGGUGGUCCCAGGCAUGUUGGGGCUCUCUUGCAUUGGCUGCCUUAUGCUGAGUCUUAGGGCUCAAGGUGAUCUAGGUAGAUGAGCAGAGGGAGGAAGAAGGCAGCCUGCCUCAAGAGCUGUACACGUGGGAAGGGGCGCCUUGUCCUUCUGAGGCCCACCAGAGCAGCAGGCAGCUCUUGAUCUAGGUCGCCCCGCCCCUCCGGGGGACCUGCUGGGGGCGGGGCGGGGCGGGGCGUAGCUGAUGGAGGGUGCUGGUUUUGGCGCCCCUGGUCCCUGUGCUCGGCGGUCUUGCCUUGCUGCAGCGUGGGAGCAUCGGGACUUGAAGGUGCGAUCAGCCCUCGGCCAUGGCGGCGCACGGAAAGCUGCGGCGUGAGCGGGGGCUGCAGGCUGAGUAUGAGGCACAAGUCAAAGGGAUGCGCUGGCAGUUGAGUGAGCAGCUCCAUUGCCUGGAGCUUCAGGGAGAGCUGCGGCGAGAUUUGCUGCAGGAGCUAGCUGAGUUUAUGCGGCGCCGGGCAGAGGUGGAGCUGGAGUACUCUCGGGGCCUGGACAAGUUGGCUGAACGCUUUGCCAGCCGCAGUGGUCGCCUGGGGGGCAGCGGCCGGGAGCAGCAAAGCUUCCGGAAGGAGCCGACUCUCCUGUCACCCUUGCACUGCUGGGCUGUGUUGCUGGAGCACACGCGGCAACAGAGUCGUGAAAGUGCCGCCCUCGGCGAGGUGCUGGCUGGGCCCCUGGCUCAGCGCCUGAGUCAUAUUGCUGAGGAUGUGGGACGCAUAGUCAAAAAGAGUAAGGACCUGGUGCAGCAGCUGCAGGAUGAGCUCCUGGAGGUGGUCUCAGAACUCCAAACAACCAAGAAGACAUAUCAUGCAUACCACUUGGAGAGCAUGAAUGCUGAGACCAAACUCCGGGAAGCUGAGCGUCAGGAGGAGAAGCGGUCAGGCCGGAGUGCCCCGCCCACCACCAUGGCUGCCUCUGCCAGCACCACGACUACUGUUACCACCACUGAGACAGUGCCCCUCAGAAAGAGCUCUCUCAAGAAAGGAGGGCGACUAGUGGAGAAGCGUCAGGCCAAGUUCUUGGAGCAUAAACUUAAGUGCACGAAGGCCCGAAACGAGUACCUGCUCAGCCUGGCCAGUGUCAAUGCUGCUGUCAGCAACUACUACUCACACGAUAUUUUGGACCUCAUGGAUUGCUGUGACACAGGUUUCCACUUGGCCCUGGGGCAGGCCAUCCGAAGCUACACAGCUGCUGAGAACCGCACCCAAGCCUGCCAGAUGCAGGGAUUGGGCAGCCUGGAAGAGGCUCUGGAGGCUCUGGAUCCUCCAGGGGACAAGGCCAAGGUGCUUGAGGUUUAUGCCAUGGCCUUCUGUUCCCCUGAACAUUUUGACUACCAACCCCAUGAAGGUGAUGAGGUGGCUGAGAUCCAGGUUGAGAUGGAACUUCGGGAUGAAAUUUUGCCCAGAGCCCAAAACAUCCAGAGUCUCCUGGACCGAAAGACCCUCGAAACAGAAGAGGUGAAUAAGACACUGAAGGCAACACUUCAGGCUCUGCUAGAGGUGGUGGCAUCAGAGGAUGGGGACAUGCUGGACCCUCUGCAGGCCAGCCCUUCCACUGAGUCCCUCAAGUCCACAAGCUCAGACCCAGGCACCCGACAGACAGGCCGCAGACGGAGUCAGCAGCAGGAGACAGAAACCUUCUACUUUGCGAAGCUGCAGGACUAUCUGAGUGACCGGAGCAAGCUUGCCAAGCUGCAGGCCAAGCAUGAAAAGCUGCAGGAGGCCAUACAACGAGGUAAUAAGGAAGAGCAAAAAACAUCUUGGACCCGGUGCACAGAAAGAAAAUUCCACAAGAGCCACCAUCCCCGUCCUACCUCCCAGUAUAACCAGAAACUCUUUGGAGUCGACCUGGAGAAGUUUAUCCAGAGCUCAGGUCAAGCUGUGCCCCUUGUGGUGGAGAGCUGUAUUCGGUUCAUUAAUCUCAAUGGCCUGCAGCAUGAAGGCAUCUUCCGGGUGUCGGGUGCCCAGGCCCGUAUCUCUGAGAUCCGAGAUGCUUUUGAAAGAGGGGAGGACCCUCUGGUGGAAGGUUGUACUGCUCAUGACCUAGACUCAGUGGCUGGGGUGCUGAAGCUGUACUUUCGGAGCCUGGAGCCCCCACUCUUCCCUUUGGACAUGUUUAAUGAGCUGCUGGCUUCAGCACAACUGGAGGCUGUGGGAGAGCGCAUACAGCCUGUGAGCCAUCUGCUGUCCAGACUGCCCAGACCCGUACUAGUGGUUCUGCGAUAUCUCUUCACUUUCCUCAACCACCUGGCCCAGUACAGCGAUGAGAACAUGAUGGACUCCUACAACCUGGCUGUAUGCUUCGGGCCCACACUGUUGCCUGUGCCUGCUGGGCAGGACCCUGUAGCCUUGCAGGGCCGGGUGAACCAGUUGGUACAGACUCUUAUCCUGCAGCCAGCGCAAGUUUUCCCAUCCCUGGCCAUGCUGCCAGGCCCCAUCUAUGAGAAGUGCAUGGCACCACCUUCUGCCAGCUGCCUGGGGGAUGGCCAGUUGGAUAGCCUUGCUGGGGAGCCGGAGCUGGAGUUGGAAGCUGGGACCACAGCUCAGGAGGAUGGUGAGGAGGGAUCGAGCAGGGAGGCUCUACCCCAUCCUUUACUCUACCCUCAGCCUGACCAUUUCUUCCUGACAGAAGCAGAAGGAGUUGUGGAGGCCGUGGCCUGCUUUGCCUAUACUGGCCGCACGGCCCAGGAGCUGACCUUCCAGCGGGGCGAUGUACUGCGGCUGUAUGCUCGGGCAUCAAGUGACUGGUGGCGAGGGGAGCAUGCUGGCGUGCAGGGACUCAUUCCCCAUAAGUACAUCACACUGCUUGAGGGGGAUGAAAAGCAGACAGCUAGUUUGCAGACCACGACGGAAUCUGUGAGCCAACCAGAGGGCUUCCUGACCUUGGAGUUUACCAAUCGGUUGGAAUUAGGCAUCCCACGUGAGGCUGUGGGUGCCUCUGGGCACAGAGGACACUAUUUGGUCCCCACCUCCCCUGAGCGACCUGUGGAAAUAGAUAAGGCUGUGGCGCAGAACAUGGACUCUGUGUUUAAGGAGCUCUUGGGAAAGGCUACUGCCCGCCAAGGACAUGGGCUAGCAUCUACAGCCUCCCCCAGUCUAGGAACCCGAAACCUGAAGCCCUUGGCCUGCAGCAGCUUCGGCAAAAACAAAGUCUUCUCUCGGGGACCUGGGGCUCCAGUCUCUCCCUCAGCCUCCCCUCCCCAGGGUCCAGUCUCAACUCGCAAACCGCUCUGAGGCAGCUUACCUCAGCAGUCACCAAUCCACCAUUUCUCUCUAGGCCUCUUUGAGAAGUAGCAAAGGAAGGAGGCUAGAGACAAGCCCCUCUGUACUUUUGCUGGGAAACCCUGGGCUAUGGCUGUGGAGAAUGGAAGUUGCAGCAAUUCAUAAAGAUCCUUACACUGGCUGCUGUUGUAAUAACCUACACUCUUUGAGGGUGCUAAACGAGGCUGGUGCAGUGCAGCUCCCAGAGCCUGCACUGCUAGAGGCCACAUACCAAGACAGA